CCUGAUUGUGUUUGAGUAGGUCAAGUAACAGGAUUUGUUGCGACUUUCGACUAAGAAGCUUGUUGUCGAUAGGUGGUCAGUUGCGUUUUAUACUCUUAAAAGCUAAGUACUAAAUGGCCUAUGAAACAAUAUAUUCGAAUCGAGAUAGUGGACGGGACUAUCGUAACGGUUCUCGCCAUGCUGAACAUGCAUAUGAAAAUUCCGUUUCAAGAAAACGUUAUCGGGAUGUUCCAUUCCAGUCACGAAUGCCUUUCGAAAAUGAUUUAAAAGAUAGGGAAUAUGACUACUACAAUCCAAACAAGGAAUAUGUUUCCCCCAGUAAAGAACUUCGACGUAGUAAACAUGAUGUAGAGAAGUUUCGCCAAGACCCGCGGUACAGUCGUGAUUCAAACACUAGUCCUGUUCCGAAAAAACGUAGUAAAAUGGACAGUCGAGUCGAAUCAUCUCCUCCCAAACCAUCUCGUGUACUUGGUGCUUUUGGAUUGUCUAUGCGUACCGAGGAACGGCAUUUGUAUGACAUAAUGAAAAAGUACGGCGAAAUAGAGGAGAUAAAACUUGUUCAAGAUAAUUUAUCUGGGCGUUCACGUGGUUUCGCGUUUAUAUAUUUUCGGUCUAUUGAAUGUGCUCGUUCAGCGCGCGCUGCAUGCGCUCGAGGUUUGGAACUACAUGAUCGUAUUGUUCGCAUUGAUUACAGCUACACUGAGCGACCACACAAUCCUACACCUGGAAUAUAUAUGGGCAAAGAAAAACGAAAUGAAUAUAACUAUCUAAAUAAUAGAAAAUAUUUCGAUAUCAUACAAUUGCCAUAUUCGGUGUAUCGUAAAUCAGUCUAUCGAGAACCAUUAAUUUCAAACUUUAAAGGAAUAUCAAAUUGUUCAUUAUUAAGUUAAAAUGUAACUUAGUAUCUUUGCAUAUAAUUCAAUUGUCUUUUCCAAAAAUUAAAAUUAAAAAUAUAACAUAUCUCUAUGUGAAAUGUUGUCUAAAGAGAAAUGUAGUUAAAUAUAAGAAAUAUUUAUUU